CAACCGGUACACCUUCCGUCUUCCUCCACAGCGGUCUCCAUUUUAACUCCUCGCCCAGCCUGCACCUCACGUGUCCUGGACUGUCUUUCUCACAUGACCCGUGUGUUUGUCCCCGUGAUCAGCGCUUCCAUCUCCCGUAUUUCAAGUGUCGCUGAAUAUCGCAUUUUAAAAUCCGUUCGCCUUCAUGGAUAUGCUCGAACAGAGCUUGGACACCUCGACGAGUCACGAGAAACAGGAAACUGAGGAGGUUGUUCAGCUGCAAGAGGGAGAGGGGGUGGGGGCGGAGGAGCAGGCAGCGGUUACCAUAGCGAGUGUCCAGCAAGCAGCAGCGUUUGCAGACCACAAUGUUCAGUACCAGUUUCGGACAGAGAACACUGGUGGACAGGUGACGUAUCGUGUGGUCCAGGUAACAGAGGACCAUUUGGAGGCGGCAGGAGAUGGAGGUGCGGCAGUCAGUGUAGUGUCCACGGCCGCCUUUGCGGGUGCACAGCAAGCAGUAGCACAGGCUGUCAUCCAGAACCCUUUUAGUAAUGGAGGCAGUCCAGCAGGGGAAACAGUGGGGGGAGAGACACGCUUCGCCUACUUCCCAGCAGCAACUGUCAGUGACGGUACAGCUACGGCCGUCUCAGUGCAGGCCACGUCUGAUCCAACCCUCACACAGGCUGGAGGUCAGUUUUACGUGAUGAUGAGUCCACCAGAUGUUUUACAAACUGGAACACCCCGGACCAUCGCCCCUCGUACGCACACUUACUCUACAGACCUUGGUGAACAUGAGACUCUUCAACACAGCAGAUCAGACUGGAAGAUUGAUGGCCCCCGGGCACCUCGUGAUGAGAGGAGGAGAGCACAGCACAAUGAAGUGGAAAGGAGAAGAAGAGACAAAAUCAACAACUGGAUUGUCACACUGUCUAAAAUCAUCCCAGACUGCAAUAUGGACAAUACCAAAACAGGAGCAAGUAAAGGAGGCAUCCUGUCUAAAGCAUGCGACUACAUUAGAGAACUCCGACAGACUAACCAGAGGCUGCAGGAGAGCUACAAGGAGGUGGAGAGAAUACAAGUGGACAAUGAGCUACUAAGACAACAGAUUGAAGACCUGAAGAAUGACAACGCACUGCUCAGAGCUCAACUACAACAGCAUGGCCUGGAAAUCAGUGAAACUACUUCACAGUGACAAAAAAAAAAACAUUCUCACGAAUAAACAGUCUCAAGUGGAGAAAUAACCCCUCAAUGACUCACUUGCUCACGCCUCAUCACAGACUUAAGAUGUUCUGCAACUCUAGUAGGGUAUGAAUGCUUGUUUGAUACACAGACACACUUCCUUCUGACAAAAGACUCUCUGACCGUUGUGAAAAUAAGAUCUGCUGUAAAAGCACACUUUGUUUUUUCCUUGACUCCCGUGAGAACUCAACAACCUGGACUGAUCCGUAUGGAAAAACCCUCUUCUUCCAGAAGUAUCCCGCUUGCCACAGGUCUUUGUCUUUAGUUUGAAUCUUGGAAUUGUGAACCAGUUAUAUGCCUGCUCAUGCCUAAUGUUCAUCUUUUGUUCUGUUUGAAACAUUUUGUGGAUUUUAUUUUUGCUACAACAUGCAAAUGUUACUACUGUCUCUGACAUGACAGAAGGUCUUUUUUCAAGGGUUUUCGUCUGUAUCGUAUUUAUUAGCUUUCAAGACAUUGUGCAGCAGCAGGUAUACAAAACAGCAGGUAUACCUUUUGCAUUUGAUUUAGUUUUCUGUCCUGCAGUCUUUCCAUAUAUCAGACUUUCUGAAAUAAGUUCAUCAGGCUGAUCAGAGACUUGACUUCGUGGCACAUCAAGACUAAUUUACAGUAUGAAUAUGCUUAGAAUGUAAAUGAAAGUGUAUGUUUUCAUUUAAAAUAGAGACGUAUGAUACCUAAAACUGCAUUACCUACAAAUUUCAGUUUUCAGAGUCCAUCAUAUUUAAUGCACUGUGAUUUUAGUGAAGGAUGAACGAGUAGCUCAGGGUUUUGAGGUGCAGGAAAAUAGCCGAGGCUCUGGAACUCCCCGCUAACCUUGUAACCCUGCACUUUUUGCCCGUUGGCUUUAACAUACUAGAUUCUAAACGUGUACUGUAUAUAUCGUAUGUUUCAACCAGUUGUUCUUAAGUCAAUUAAUUCAAAGAAAUGUUCUUUAUAAAUCCUAUUUCCCAGACUCAUUUAUCUACAGCAAAUAAAAUGGAAGAUGCACAGUAGAAACGGAUAGAAAUGCUACUA